AUGAGAUGCGUUUUAAAUGUUGGUUUGGAAGGUUUACGGAUUGUAUUCCACUUACUGCUAUUUCUUCCGCAUGAAGGUAUGUAUAUAUAUAUUACAACUUUUAUUUAGGCUAUCAUCGCUCUACAAGAGUCUGUUAAGGUCGAGUAAAACAUACAAAUCUAUGCUGAUUUACGGCUUUCCGUCCAACGCGAACAAUGUACACGACAACCGUUUUAAGACUUAUUAACUUAGCAGAGUAGUAUAGAGAUAGCCUAAGUUCUAAGACUCAUUAUGCCUUUUACAACCUCGCUAAAUUAAGAUGGCGUGCGAAAGAAACAUGAGUGUAUUCGGGGAAUGGUAGGUCAGUCUUAUAAAUAACUUGUAAAUACCCAGUCACCCCUACUUGCUCUAUUCCAAACGUUCCAUACUUAAUUCGUUUCAUCAUAAAACGAACGGCCGUUGAUUAUGGGCCAAAAUUCUGUUGAUCGACAAAAUUGCAGAAAAAAAUAUUGUUCUCUAGUGAACAGCCUCGAAAUCAUAAGUUUGUAUGUUUUUGCACCAUUAGCAGACUCAUGUGGACAUUAAACCGGACGUAUUCCAUCCUGUCAUCUAAUCGGAUAAAUUGGACGACCUUGCUUGCGAGACUCGAAGUAAACAAGGAAAUACGGCGACUGUGGUUAGAUGAAAAGUCGGUCACUUAACUCAUAGUUAAUGAAUACUUUUCUUUUAAAGUUUUUAAAAUAUUCAACAAUGAGCCCCUGCAUAAAAAAAUUACAGUUACAUGUUAUUCGGAUAAUAAAUUCGUUCUAUACUAUCUGAGACUAGCAUAAGCCGUUACGCAAUUUUUGAAAUAUGUAAAAGAAAAGACCAUGCAUUCCCUACCCCAUAAUGUAGAAUAAGCACAAUUGUGCACAGACACGGAUCUUAUACGCUUUUAAAUUACCCCUUCUAAUCAUUUUAAUAAUAACCAAAAAUGCAGGAGGUCAGAAUAAUAAGAGCAAGAAUUACAAAUUUGUCUUGCAUUGGCAGUUGUUCUUUCAGUAUGAUGACAUCUAAUUUUUAACCUUUCUUGCAGUAAAUCAAAGUUUCACGUCCUCAUAUAACGGAAAUGUUGUUAGAGGAACAGCUGGUUGUUCUGUGAACUUUACUUGGGCCUUCUCAUCAUCGUUUACCAGGGUUGAGUGGGGAUUAUCAGCCACUCCUUAUGCUUUUGAUACUCCGCCUGGGUUGCUAGUGUCUUUUUUUAAAGGCAGCCCACUUCCAGUUAAACCGCCAGCAGCAUAUACAGGAAGAGUGUCAGGCAGGCAAAGCGGAAGUCAAGUUAUCUUUACUCUUAGAAAUAUUAGCAAGCUUGAU